AUGUAUUUACGAAGUAUUUUCGGCAAACCUUGCAGCGAAGACGCCAUGUGGCCUCCGGAGCUCUCUUCUUUGGAGGAAACUCCGCGCGGCUUCUCUGCGGUGUGGCGCGGGGUCACUCGCUUCGCCCACGCCAUCUACGGCUCCGCGCGCGGUGAGUGCUUCAGAGAGGAAUCUUGUGCUCGUGUUUCAGGGCCUCAGAAUGAAUGUUAG